CUGGCGGGCGAAGCUCUGCCAGCAGCUUCCGGCCAUGUCGUAUCCUCAGGGUUACUUGUACCAGCCGUCGGCUUCCUUGGCCCUCUAUUCCUGCCCGGCGUACAGCACCAGCGUGAUCUCCGGCCCCAGGACGGAUGAACUGGGCAGAUCGUCCUCCGGCUCGGCUUUUUCCCCGUACGCCGGCUCGACCGCCUUUAGCGCUCCCUCGCCCGGCUACAACUCCCACCUCCAGUACGGCACUGAUCCGGCGGCGGCGGCGGCGGCCGCAGCUGCCUUCUCCUCUUACGUGGGCUCCCCUUACGACCACACUCCCGGCAUGGCGGGCUCCUUGGGGUACCAUCCCUACGCCGCUCCCCUGGGCUCCUACCCCUACGGGGACCCAGCUUACCGAAAGAACGCGACUCGGGACGCCACCGCCACGCUGAAGGCCUGGCUGAACGAGCACCGGAAGAACCCCUACCCCACCAAGGGUGAGAAGAUCAUGCUGGCCAUCAUCACCAAGAUGACCCUCACGCAGGUCUCUACCUGGUUCGCCAACGCCCGCCGGCGCCUCAAGAAGGAGAACAAGAUGACCUGGACGCCGCGGAACCGCAGCGAGGACGAGGAGGAAGAGGAGAACAUCGACCUGGAGAAGAACGACGAUGAGGAUCCAGCCAAACUGGAGGAGAAGGGCGAGCCAGACCCGGCCCAGCUCGGCACAGGAGACCCGAAAGGCGUCGGAGCUGGCAAAGAAGCCGACGGCGCCUCCAGCGACUCGGAUUGUAAGGAGAGCCCCGAGCAGGCGCUUCCCAAAGGAGCCGCCGGCGCCUCGCCGCCUUUGGUGCACUGCGGACCGGCGGGCCGCCUCCUCCUCCAGGCUCACCACCAGCAGCUGCUGCACCCGGGGGGCGGCAGCGACGAG